AUGCGUUUGCUUCCGUCUCUGUAUCUUCUGAGCCUGGCUAUUGCGCCUAUCUUUGCCACUGCAGACGGAGAGGCUAAAUCCAAGAGCGGCAGCAAGAACUUUGACGUCAAGUCUCUCUCUCUCAGAGAAGUGGGAGCACGCAACACGGUGGACUGGCGUGUUUGGCUGGAGCAGGAUGGCGACCCGAUUUCCUUCUGGCACGACAUUCCUCUUUACCCUGACGAGAAGCAGCACAACAUUGUCAAUUUCUACGUUGAGAUUCCCCGAUGGACGGAUGCCAAGAUUGAGACCAAGCGCGAUAAGCCCUUGAAUCCUAUCUAUCACGACGACAAGGACGAUGAGCCUCGAUACGUGGCCAGCAUCUGGCCUCACAAGUCAUACCCCUUUCUAUACGGCUCGCUACCCCAAACGUGGGAAAACUCCAACAUCAAGCACAACUUUACUGGCUACGUCGGCGACAAUGACCCCAUGGAUGUGGUUGACAUCAGUGCCAUUGACCCCGGAUAUGUUGGCCAGGUCAGGACGGUUAAGAUUUUGGGUGCCAUACCCAUGAUUGAUGAUGAGACUACGGAUUGGAAGGUCAUUGGCAUCAAUGUCAACGAUCCUCUAUCUAAUAAACUCGAGACCAUCGACGAUCUCGAAAAGUACCGCCCGGGCCUCAAACAGACAUUUUACGACUGGUUCACCUACUACAAAGUUCUCCGCAGCGGCAACCUCAACACCAUCUUUCUGAGCCAAUAUCAAGACUCCACGACAGCUUGCGACAUUGUCGCCGAGAGCCACGGCUUUUGGAAGGACCUCAUUAGCGGCAAGGAGGCGCCCGGCAAGAUUAGCAUCGCGCAGACGUCGCAGGCGGAUGUGGUCGAGAGCUAUGUCAAGAGCAAGGACGCGACUAAGAAGUUUGACCUGCCCAAGAAGUCGGAUAUCAAGACGCCCAAGGAGAGGCCGGCGAGAUAUGACAAGUGGUUCUAUCUGGAUGACAACUUUGAGCCGCUACCCGAGCAGGAGAUUGAUGUCGACUGA